AUUCUCUUUUCGAUUAGUAUCGAUAUAACUGCACAUGCAAUUCGCAAAAAAUCACCCCGGCUCCGGGUACGAGAUUUAUAAUUUGUUGCAAGAUUUGGUUACUGCAAAUAAUUAAUCGAAAUAACAGAAUGGGCGAAGAUAAACCUGCAGAUUCUCCUGUAGCAGGAGAUGAGAUAUCUAAAAAAGCACUCAAAAAACAGCAGAAAGAGGCAGAGAAAGCAGCAAAAAAAGCAGAAAAAAAGGCACAGACUCAACAGCAGCAAGAAUCUGCAGAAGAAACCAUGAAUGUGUCUGAGGGAUGUUAUGGGCAGAUGAACAUGAUUCAAAGUGCCGAGAAGUUUGAAGAUAGGAAGUUUAAAGCAAUCAAGGAUCUAAAUAAAGAACUAGAAGACCAGACGGUCUGGUUGAGAGGUCGCUUACACACUAGUCGUGCCAAAGGCAAACGGUGCUUUAUCGUUUUGAGACAACAAGCGUACACAGUGCAGGGAUUAGCUAACGAAGGAGCGACUGUAAACAAGCAAAUGAUCAAAUUUAUAUCCAACAUUACGAAGGAAUCCAUAGUCGACGUUGAGGGCAUAGUGAGAUCUGCGCCAACGAAGAUCGAGUCAUGCUCGCAGAAGGAUGUGGAAAUUGAACUGAAAUGUGUUUUCGUGGUAAGCGUCGCGAAACCGCAACUUCCUCUGCAGAUAGAAGAUGCCGCAAGGCCUGUCAACGAAUUGGACGAGUCGACGUUGAACAUCCGAGUGAAUCAGGACACCAGACUGGACAAUAGAGUGUUGGAUUUACGUACCCCGGCUAAUCAGGCAAUCUUCAGGGUGGAAGCUGGCGUUUGCAAGCUGUUCCGAGACAUUUUAACGAAAAAGGGCUUUGUAGAAAUCCAUACUCCCAAAAUCAUCUCUGCGGCCAGCGAAGGUGGAGCGAACGUGUUUACAGUGUCUUACUUUAAAGGCAAUGCUUACCUGGCGCAGUCACCUCAACUGUAUAAGCAGAUGGCGAUCGCCGCCGACUUCGACAAAGUCUUCACCGUCGGAGCAGUUUUUAGAGCUGAAGAUUCUAAUACGCACAGACAUCUGACUGAAUUCGUGGGUCUCGAUCUGGAGAUGGCUUUCAAGUAUCAUUAUCAUGAGGUGAUAGAUACCAUCGGGCAAAUGUUCACCGAGCUGUUCAAAGGCUUGCGCGACAAAUACGCGGACGACAUAGCAGCGGUCAAUCAACAGUACGCGGUGGAACCCUUCAAGUUCCUGGAGCCAGCUUUAAGAUUGGAAUUCCCGCAAGCGAUUGAAUUGUUGGCCGAAGCGGGCGUGACUCUGGGCGAGGAGGACGACCUUUCGACGCCGGAUGAAAAGCUCUUGGGAAAGCUCGUCAAAGCCAAGUAUGAUACGGAUUUUUAUAUCUUGGACAAGUAUCCACUUGCUGUAAGGCCUUUCUACACUAUGCCGGACCCCAACAAUCCCAAAAUUUCCAAUUCAUACGACAUGUUUAUGCGAGGCGAGGAAAUCAUAUCUGGCGCGCAGCGUAUUCAUGACCCGGAAUUUCUCACCGAGCGUGCCAAGCAUCACGGAAUAGAUAUUGAGAAGAUCAAGUCGUACAUCGACGCUUUCCGGUACGGCUGUCCACCGCAUGCCGGCGGCGGCAUAGGUAUGGAACGCGUGGUGAUGCUGUAUCUUGGAUUGGACAAUAUUCGCAAGGUGUCCAUGUUCCCGCGUGAUCCCAAACGUCUGACGCCCUGAAGAAACUUAAUUUCGUUAUAAUCUACUGAACAUAACUAUUCUAUGGAUCGACAAGUGUGUUCCAUAUAUUAAUAUAUAUAUACACAUACAUAUACAAAUAUAUAAAAAUUUAUGUAG